UCGCAAGCCAUCCUGACUCUCCCGUGCUCCGAUCUAACCCCUUGAGCUCGUUUAAACUGCAUCCAAAACAAUACACUGUCUCUCUUUCUUUUCUCGCCCUCUUUCCCUCUUCACUUACUGUCUAUUCUCUUUAACUCUCGUCUGUUUGAACUUUCUGUUUCCUUUACUCGUCCUCUGCUCCUUUCAGCGUCUUUUGAUUAGUUGACAUAAAAAUGGCCGAUCAAGUUUCUGCAAUCGGGUUUGAAGGAUUUGAGAAGAGGCUCGAAGUUUCAUUCUUUGAGCCUGGACUCUUUGCUGAUCCUUCGGGGAUGGGCUUCCGAUCUUUGUCGAAGUCUCAAUUGGAUGAGAUUCUGAAGCCAGCUGAGUGCACUAUUGUUUCCUCACUGUCUAAUGAUCAACUUGAUUCAUAUGUGCUCUCAGAAUCCAGCUUCUUUGUGUACCCUUACAAGGUCAUUAUCAAAACUUGCGGAACUACUAAACUGCUACUCUCUAUUCCUGCUAUACUGAAGCUUGCAAGCUCCCUUUCUCUUGCUGUAAAAUCUGUCAAGUACACUCGUGGGAACUUCAUCUUUCCCGGUGCUCAGUCGUACCCUCACCGUAGCUUUUCUGAGGAAGUUACUGUCCUUGAUAGCUACUUUGGCAAGCUUGGUUUGUCUAGCAGCGCUUACAUGAUGGGCAGCCCUGAUCAACCACAGAAGUGGCAUGUGUACUCUGCCCACGCUGAAUUGGCUAGCCUUGUCUUCGGCACUCAGCAGUCUGGGUCAGUGCAUACUCUUGAGAUGUGCAUGACUGGUCUUGAUAGAGAAAGCGCAUCUGUCUUCUACAAAACUGAAGCAAGCUCUGCCAUCGGGAUGACUGAGAAUUCUGGUAUCAGGAAGAUUCUCCCCCAAUCUGAAAUAUGUGAUUUUGAGUUUGAGCCGUGUGGCUACUCCAUGAACUCUAUCGAAGGGGAUGCAAUCUCUACUAUCCAUGUGACCCCUGAAGAUGGGUUCAGUUAUGCAAGCUUUGAAACAAUGGGAUAUGAUUUUGAGAAGGUUGAUCUGAGCCAGCUGCUUGAGAGGGUCUUGGUUUGUUUCCAGCCAAAUGAAUUCUCUGUGGCUCUGCACUCUAAUGUUGUGAACGAAGACCUUGGAAACAAGUUCCCAGUGCACCUGAAGGGCUACUCUAUUGGAGAAAAGAACACUGAAGCGCUCGGCAUGGGUGGAAGUAUCAUCUACUACAGCUUUGUUAAGGAUGCAGAGAGUGCAUCUCCGCGGUCAAUUCUGAAACGUUGUUGGAGCGAGGACGAGAAGGAUUCAGGAGGUGAAUCCGACGAGAAUUAGUUUCUUCUUCCUAUCGUUAUUUCGGAUGUGGUUUUUCUAUUAAUGUUAGUCAUUGAAUAAAGCAAACUUUCGGGGUUAUGGUUUGUUCUUUUGUCAUUGUUUAUGUUUAUUUGAACUACUACUUAAGAGUCUGUCUUUGAUAAUAGGCGAGACGCUUUUUAUCUCUUUGAGUUGAGAGUGUUGGACCUAUUUAAAUAAAUAAAGGAAUUUCUUAUUGUA